CCCAUCAGCCAAGAGCGACCAUGUCAACUAUAGUAGCAAAAAGUUCCAUUCUUUUGAGGACCUUCAUGUUGGUGUUCCCAUCUGUUUUGGCAACCAAAAAUCCAUUCGAAGAGUCGAAACCAUGCAAGAGGCUUGUGCUCUAUUACCACGACACCCUAUUUAACGGCACGGAUGCGACCAAUGCAACAUCUGCUACUGUAGCCAAUAUAACAGGGCUUGACAGAGAGCACAAGUUUGGUAUGCUGGUUGUCUUCAACGAUCCUCUGACCAAAGACCACCAUCUUCUGUCUCCUGCCGUCGGAAGAGCUCAAGGCUUCUAUUUCUAUGACAUGAAGGACGACUACACUGCUUGGUUUGCCUACACUUUGGUGUUCAACUCGAGCGAGCACAAGGGUACACUCAAUAUCAUGGGGGCGGAUUUGAUGUAUGAAAAGACUAGGGAUCUUUCGGUUGUCGGAGGGACGGGAGAUUUCUUCAUGGCUAGAGGGAUUUGCACAUUUCAAACUGAUACUUUUCAGGGUGACUACUAUUUUCGCCUUAAGAUGGAUAUCAAGUUGUAUGAAUGUUAUUAGACUAUAGUGAUGAUGAUGUUCCCAUGCUACUACUGGUCGAAAACUCUUCCGAGUGUAUUUCAUAAAAACCACUAAUCACUAUGAGUAAUGUGAUUACUUAUUGUGAUCGAGAAGAAAGUUGUAUACACCCCUGGUAUAUAGAAUCUCUCUUAAUAAGAUUUCAAGGAGUUUCAUUGAUGGAAA